AUGGCCAGCUUGGAAGGCUUGAAGGUGGACGCAGCUGCUGCAGACAAGGAGAACGGGUGCGCUGCAAACGUGGGUGGGCUGCCAGGCGGUCAAACGGACGGGGCCACCACCACUGCCGACCAAGAAAAGGAGGGUGUAAAGAAUCGCAAGGAUCCUGCCGCAGUCGGCGCAGCACGCAUGAACAGGGGCCGCGCAGCUGCUAAGGCAGCUCCUGCUCCGCCACAGCCUCAUGCAGAACCGCCAGAGCCGACUGAAUAUGCCAGGAACCGGCCGAGGAGGGAUGUGCAGGGCCAGAAGGCCAUGCUAGGGCACACCACGGAGUCCCUGGAGCUGGUGAAGUGCAUGGACUUUGUGGGACCACCCGGCUCUGGCGCACCCCUAGCACAGCCCUUCCAGGUCCACGUGCAGGCGCAGGCGGUGCUGUUGAUGGAUGUGCAUGCACACCUGAGCAGCAGCGAGGUGAUCGGGCUGCUGGGGGGAGUGUGGGACGCAGACAGGCGGCGCAUCGAUGUGGUGCGAGCGUUUCCGUGCCGGCGCGCCAUGGGCACUCAGUCGGGCACCAGUGUGGAGCUCGAUCCUGCAGCCGAGGUCGAGACGCGCGCGCUCAUGGAGGCCCAAAAACUCACCACUGUCGGCUGGUACCAUUCGCAUCCAAUCUUUGCACCAAAGCCUUCUCAGAAAGACAACGAAAACCAGCGAAACUACCAGGCCUUGUUCCGCUGCGCCCACAGCACGCUGGAGCCCUUCCUGGGAGCCAUCGCUUCGUGUGUCACGUGGUUCAUCGUCAGAACUCGGCAAGGCGCCCUCACGCCCUUCCAUGUGCGAGUCAACCAAGCAGCGCGACAGGGGCUGCCAGACGCAGCCGAGAUGGAUGCGCUGCGGGGGCUCAUGGAGAUGGUUAAGGAUGAUGUCACCCGCAUCGACUUCGCGCAGCCGUGGCGGCCCUUCACUUACAUAGUGGAUGGUGAACCCCAGGGAGAUGCCCUGUCCAAGGUGUCCAAACUACAGGCGGCCUUGAAGCUCCGGUUGACAGAGCAGGGCGUUGCAGAAGGCACAGAGUCCUUCGUUAGAGAUGUGCUGCAAUGUCUGGAGCGCUGUUGGGAUGUGAGCAUCACAACAAGCAAUGACAGCACUGACAAGCCCGCACCUGAGGGCUCAUAG